UCCAUCCCAUUCGUGAAGGCUUGUGACCGAAUUCUCCUCCCCUACCUCUUCCUCCUCCUAUAGCCGAGCUGAGGCCGGUUGGCCCUCUGCUCCUCGCGUGCGCGCGAGCUGCGUGAUCGACACUCUCGGGCAAUGGGGUGCAAGUCGUGCGAGAAGCCCAGGCCGAACUACAGGAAGGGCCUGUGGUCGCCGGAGGAGGACCAGAAGCUCCGCGACUACAUUCUCCGCCAUGGCCACGGCUGCUGGAGCGCGCUCCCUGCGAAAGCCGGGCUCCAGAGGAACGGCAAGAGCUGCCGGCUGCGGUGGAUCAACUACCUGCGGCCGGGGCUGAAGCACGGCGUGUUCUCCCCGGAGGAGGAGGAGACGGUGAUGAGCCUCCACGCCGCGCUCGGCAACAAGUGGUCUAGGAUAGCACGGCAUCUACCUGGGAGAACAGACAACGAGGUCAAGAACUACUGGAAUUCUUACCUGAAGAAGAGAGUGGAGAGCGGCGGUAAGAACCAAGGGCCACCAACCACGCCCGCGUCAGCAGCGAGCACUCCCGCCGAUUCAGACGACUCCCACAGCCUGAAGCCAUUGCACGAGCCGGCCAACUCCGACUCGUCGGAGCCGGCGCACGAGUCGUCGUCGGCCGACUCGAGCUGCCUGACCGUGACCACGGAGCAUCCUCCUGCCUCAAGGGCCCAUCCGCCAGUGACCCCCAAGGUCAUGUUCGCGGACUGGCUCAACAUGGAGUACAUCAGUGGGCAGGUGGCAGCAGCACCUGGUCUGGGCGCUGCCGGAUUGGUGGCGGUUGGUGAAGGCGAUCAGCAGCAGCAGGUGAUGAGCCAAGGAUCAGUUCAGGUCGAUGGGCCAUCGUCCGGGGCGGACGGUUCCCUGCAGCAGGAGGGGUUCGGUGCCAACGGCGGCGGCUGCUGGGACUUCCAGGAGCAGUUCGACAGCAUCGACCAGAUGCAGGCAGCGGUAGGCGGCGGCUUCUGCGACCUGCUCUCCAUGAACGACUUCGACCUCUGGGCUGAGCUGGACCGUACUGCGUGAUGGAACAUGGAAAAGAUCAAGGAUCGAUUUUUAAGUUUAGAGCUUGUUAAUUCAUAGAUGUUUCAUGGAAUUAAGGGGUGUUUGUAAUACUACUGCAAUGUACAUUAUCGCGGUGUAUCUAUAGAGCAGUUUAAAUUAGCACCAUAUAUGAAAAAGAUCAGAGGCAUGAAAAGUCACUUCUGUUAGUUCUGUAAGAAAUUGUGUUGGCCACUUUGCUUUGAAGAGCAUGGGCACCGACAGAAAGAUGGAAAAGAAGAAAGAAUGAUGUAGAGAAUUGCACCUAUGGAUGCAAUUAUUUUGGAUUGUUUAUUGUU